AGCUACAAGAAGCCAUAUACAUUAGUGAAGUGAAGAAAGGAGGGAGAGCGGAGAAAAGCGAGAGGGGGAGCCCGGGUCGAGCAGCAGCAUCGCACCGUGCAUGGUGCUGCGGUGUCGGAGGAAGUGGAUGAGCAGCCGGAGCUGACCCAGAGAUGGCUGUCCUCAAACUGGCCGACCAGCCUCCUCUCAUCCAGGCGAUCUUCAGUGGAGACCCUGAAGAGAUCCGUAUGCUCAUAUACAAGUCUGAAGACAUCAAUGCUCUGGAUGCAGAGAAGCGCACCCCGCUGCAUGCAGCAGCCUUCCUGGGCGAUGCUGAGAUCACCGAGCUCCUCAUCCUCUCUGGGGCACGGGUCAAUGCCAAAGAUAAUAUGUGGCUCACCCCUCUCCAUCGCGCUGUGGCAUCUCGAAGCGAAGAGGCUGUGCGAGUUCUGAUCCGCCACUCGGCUGAUGUGAACGCUCGGGACAAGAACUGGCAGACACCGCUGCACGUCGCCGCAGCCAAUAACGCGUUGCGAUGCGCCGAGGUCAUCAUCCCACUGCUGAGCAGUGUCAACGUGUCGGACCGUGGAGGACGCACCGCCCUGCACCACGCUGCCCUUAACGGCCACACUGAGAUGGUAAACCUCCUCCUCGCUAAGGGAGCCAACAUCAACGCUUUUGAUAAGAAGGAUGGCCGGGCGCUGCACUGGGCAGCUUUCAUGGGUCAUUUGGAUGUGGUGUGUCUGCUGGUGAGUCAGGGGGCGGAGAUCAGCUGUAAAGACAAACGGGGAUACACUCCCCUCCACACAGCAGCCUCCAGUGGACAGAUAGCUGUGGUCAAACACCUACUCAACCUGGCUGUGGAGAUAGACGAGUCCAACGCGUUUGGGAACACAGCACUCCACGUGGCCUGCUUCAAUGGUCAGGACGCCGUCGUCAGCGAGCUCAUCGACUAUGGUGCCAAUGUUAGCCAGCCCAACAACAAGGGCUUCACCCCGCUGCACUUUGCCGCCGCCUCCACACACGGAGCGCUCUGCCUGGAGUUCCUGGUCAACAAUGGGGCUGACGUCAACGUACAGAGUCGGGAUGGGAAGAGUCCUCUUCACAUGACGGCAGUUCAUGGACGCUUCACUCGCUCUCAGACCCUCAUCCAGAACGGUGGGGAGAUCGACAGCGUGGACAAGGAUGGUAACACCCCUCUCCACAUCGCUGCCCGCUAUGGUCAUGAACUCCUCAUCAACACGCUCAUCACCAGCGGGGCAGACUGCACAAGGCGAGGAGUCCAUGGCAUGUUCCCUCUCCACCUGGCUGCUUUGAAUGCUCACUCUGACUGCUGCCGGAAACUCCUGUCCUCAGGUCGGAGGUUUAGCAUGUGUAACGACUCGGUCCUGUCUGCAGGCUUCCAGAUAGACACCCCUGACAGUCUGGGGAGGACCUGCCUGCACGCUGCUGCUGCUGGAGGUAAUGUGGAAUGUGUGAAGUUGCUCCUGAGCAGCGGAGGAGACCACAACAGGAGAGACAACUGUGGCAGGACUCCCCUCCACUACGCUGCAGCCAGCCGUCACUAUCAGUGUCUGGAGACACUGGUGGCUUGUGGUACUGCCAUCAACGCCACUGACCAGUGGGGGCGCUCUGCCCUGCAUUACGCUGCUGCCUCAGACCUGGAUAGGAGGCGUCGUGUUGCUCUGGAGCCGGAGAGUGAAGGAGUUCAGGCAGAGAGAGAGAAAGAGGCAGCACUAUGCUUAGAGUUUCUGCUUCAGAGUGGAGCGACCGCCUCGCUGAAAGACAAACAGGGCUACAGUCCCGUCCACUACGCUGCCGCUUACGGACACAGUCAUUGUUGUGACCUGCAGCUGCUGGACAGAGAUGACAGUCACCAAGAUGACCCUGAAUCUCCAAAUGCCAGAAGCCCGCUGCACCUCGCGGCGUACCAUGGCCACGCUCAGGCCCUGGAGGUUCUGCUGCAGGGGGAGAGGGAGGUGGACCAGGGGGACGAGGCGGGGAGGACGCCCCUGGCCCUGGCUGCCCUUCGCGGCCACACUGACUGUGUUCACACCCUCCUCAGCCAGGGGGCGUCGCCGCGCAGCACCGACACGCAACACGGGCGCACCCCUGUACACCUGGCAGUGAUGAACGGUCAUACGACAUGUGUGCGCCUCCUGCUGGAUGAAUCAGACGGUGCAGACCUUGUUGAUGCUGCUGACUCUCAGGGACAGACACCUCUGAUGUUGGCGGUGGCAGGAGGUCAUGUCGAUGCCGUGUCGCUGCUGCUGGAGAGGGAAGCCAAUGUCAACGUGGCCGAUAACCACGGCCUCACUGCACUGCACCUCGGGCUGCUGUGCGGUCAGGAGGAGUGUAUCCAAUGUCUGUUGGAGCAGGAAGCCUCGGUUUUGCUCGGUGACUCUCGGGGUCGUACAGCCAUCCACCUGGCCGCGGCCCGAGGUCACGCCUCCUGGCUUAGUGAGCUGCUGAGCAUCGCCUGCUCCGAGCCGCCAUCCCUGCCACCGCUGAGAGACCAUAGUGGAUACACACCGCUGCACUGGGCCUGUUACUACGGUCAGGAGGGGUGUGUUGAGGUCCUGUUGGAGCAGAGGGGUUGUCGCUGCAUUGAUGGGAACCCCUUCACUCCUCUGCACUGUGCUGUGGUGAAUGAUCAUGAACCCUGUGCAUCUCUGCUGCUGGAGGCAAUGGGAUCCGACAUUGCUGGCUGCAAGGACGCAAAGGACAGGACUCCUCUUCACGCUGCGGCAUUUGCAGGCCACGUUGACUGUGUCCAGCUGCUCCUUUCACAUGACGCACCUGUCGACUCCGUAGACCAAUCAGGUCGCACGGCGCUGAUGAUGGCAGCUGAGAAGGGCAGAGUCGGGGUUCUCGAGGUGCUGUUGACCAGCGCUGGCGCCAACAUCGGUUUGACGGACAAAGAUGGAAAUACUGCCCUGCAUCUAUCUUGCAGUAAUGGAAAAGAAGACUGUGUGUUGUUGAUCCUGGAGAAACUGUCUGACACUGCGCUCAUAAACGCCACAAAUGCAGCGCUGCAAACUCCUCUCCACCUGGCGGCUCGUAGCGGUCUGAAGCAGGCGGUCCAGGAGCUGCUGUCGCGAGGAGCCAACGUUCAGACGGUGGAUGAGAACGGUCUGACCCCUGCUCUGGCUUGUGCUCCUAGCAGAGAGGUUGCUGACUGUCUGGCUCUCAUUCUGGCUACCAUGAUGCCUUUCUGCUCCCCUUGCAGCUCCGGGGCUCCCUCCCCAGGCUCCCUGCUGAGGCAGCUUCCCCACCAGGGGGGUAAAGGUCCGGUUACCGGCCUUCGGGGGCCACGCAGCCCCAGGAACCCCUCCGGACCCUCCAGUGAGGGAACCACCGAGAACGACUCGGAGGACUCGGAAACCUUCUGACCCCUCCGAACCGACUCUCUGCCCUCCUACCUCGAACUGUGCACCUGAACUUUUUAUUCUCCCCCCACCCACUAACCCCCUACCUGGAACGAUACAGUGUUUUUACUCUGUGAAGUGCACUCUUCUGGUAGAAGUGUAGAGAUUUGGUCGUGACACAGAGUGGAUGUUCGUGGAUAUGGAGCAAAGUGUUCAAUAUUAAAUAAAUAAAUAAUCACAUGAAUAAAUCUAAUAUAAAUAGAUAAUAAUAAAUAUAUAAAUUAAACAAUCAUUUGUAAAAUAAUUUCUGAAGAUACUCGUUAGUAUAAAAUAUUUUGUUCCAGAAGUAAGAAAAAUUAAAUAAAAAUUCAGUCUUGGAUCAGAGUCUUCCUCAGUAGAACAUUGUGACUGACGUCAUAUGUUUAGAUGAACAUGUAUGUGUACUAAUGCUGCGUUCACAUUCUAUCAGAGUUACUGUACUGGUUAACAACAUUCAUGUCAAUAUCCAAGUCGAAGUUAUGACGGAGAAAGUCACAUUUUUCUGAAAGUUCUGAUGUAUCCGACCUGGUGUUACAAAGUAUAGAUGUGCUGCCAGUGUUUUUAGAGGAAAUGAAGUGCUGGUUAUUAACAGAUAAAAACCCACAGUGAGUAAGAACUGAUGGAUUUUAAACCUCCCAGUGUCCAAAUCUGCAGGAAAACAAACGUCACUCAACUAUCUAAGUACGGUCAGGAAUAUGUACCUCAAGUAUUAAAAGUACUCAAUGCAGAAAAAUAGCCCCCGUGACUCUUAUACUAUUAUUAUAUCAUUAAUUAUUACUAAUUAUUAAUUAUAGUUACUAUUAUAGUUGUUGGUUAAGGUAGAAAUAUUUGUUUCUAAUUUCUCUUCCCUGCAUGGAUUAAUCUUCUGAUAAUUUUCUUGAUCAAUUGUUUGAUUGAUUAUUUGGUUUGUGUUCAAAUUACGGAAACACUGAGAAUCACAACAACUCAUUGAGCCACUGUUUAUGUUGUCCAAGCAACAGUCAAAACUCAAAAUUAUUAAAAAAAAAAAAAAAGAUUAAAAUAAAGUAACUGAAUCUGUCAGAUAAACAUAAUGGAGUAAAAAGCACAGUAUUUCCCUCUGAGGAAAGUAUAAGUACCUCAAAUUUGUACUUGAAUAAAUACUUACAGUUACAUUCCACCACUGUAUCUUUUACACAGUUUAUUCAUGUGGUUAUUUUUUGUUUCAUUGAUUUAAUAUUGACCAUUUAGAGCUCCACACUGCAGUGUGUGUAUCUUCUGCUCUUCAUGUGGGGAACACGUACAGAACUGCCCUCCUGUCACACCCACACCGGGCCACCUCCCCCCCCCCAACAAAAAAAAUUAAAAUAAAUAAAUAAAAGUAAAAAAAGAAAAAAAUAACUGAUGGGAGCAGCUGCACUGCCCCGGACUGACUCCUGCAGCCGAACAAGUUGCUCUAUGAAAACUGUGGCUGAAGAGUUCGAUCUGGACCGGCUCUGGUCUGGAUCUGCAUGCUUGAGUUAACUCACACCACGGUUCGUUCUUUCUACUCACGGGUGCUUAAAUCCAAACCGACCUCGGUACUUAGUCUCUGCAUGGCAAAGCAACUCGCCUCUGAGACUGGUUUUGUCUUAAAAAAAGAAGAAGAAGAAAAAAAAAAAGAAGCCAUUUUUAAUUGUUUGUACAAAAUGAAGUAAUGGAGUAGACCUUAAGAAAGCUAAGUGUAAUUUUAACCUUUUUAUGAUUUUGGCUUGUUGUUGUACCAAAUAUUUGACUUCCACGCAUAAAUGAGAAGGUACAUACAGUACAGUAGAGCUUGUUUUUAACUGUUAACAACUGAAGCACAAAUUUGGAUUUUAUUGUUUGGUUUUGAUGAACUGUGGCUGGAAUGUGAAGUAUACAGCCAUCAUCAUAAGAUGUUUAGUAGUUUAAAUAUUGGCCAGGACAGAGGAUAUCACACUGGGUACAUCACACUUUCCCUUGUUUGCUUCGUUUCCUUGCGUCUGUCAGUUGGUUCACCUCUGUCGUGAACAAACAUUCAUGGUCCACAGAGGAUGAAGCCCUACUGAUUUUGGUGAUCUUCCUUUUCCUCUAGCACCACUCGACUGGGCAACAUUUUUGGCUUUUACUGAAAUAUCUAAACUAUUGGACAGAUUACAGUGAAACUGUACAGAUAUUAAUGUCCACCUCAGGAUAAAUUGCAAUAACUUUCAAAGUCCUGAUGAAUCAUCUUUCCUUGACCUCAUGACAUUUUCCUUCAAGGUCAGGCAAAAGUGAUUAGAAAAGGACCCAGGACGUCAUUUUUUGACUGUUUGCCUGCAGCCCCGUCCUGUGUAUCAUCGAUCAAAUGAGGGAACUGCUAUGUACCCACUGAUGAACGCAGGGUUUUUGCAGAUGUGAUUGAAAGAUGAGAUUAUGACUAAGAUUUAUGCAUUUUUAUCCCGUGGCCUAGAGUGGCCUCCUGCACUGUUUUGACUCCAUGUUUAUUCCUACCUGUCGUGCAUGGUUGCACUCUUUGUACACCAGGGUAGCCAACGGUGACCAACUGACACCUUUUUCCCACCUUGGCAGCUUUCAAUGUCUGAUCAUGCAAAAGCCCAGAUUCUCCAUAAAGACCAAAUUCCUGCGAUGAAAAAAAAAAAGAACCUCAGUUCAUUGUGGUAUUUAUUCUCUAAUACAUGAUGGUACAAAUACUGCCAGCACUUAAAUGUAAAAUAACACAGGGCCUUGACCACUUUCCUUCCCUCAGCUAUGUGCCAUUGUCUCAAACGUGUCCAGUGCCUUGAUGUCGAUUACUUUUUGAUUAGUUUUCUUUUACGACAUAUCCUGUGUUAGUAGAUUCUAAUUUUCUUAUCAUGUUAAAGCGUCAGUUCACCAAAAUUUGAGUUUGAUAUUAAAUGAACCCUGGUGGCACUGAGUUGUGCAUGUUUUGCUAUUCUUGGUGCUCUUUUGCUUUUAAUUGACAGGAUGCCGUCGAGAGGCAGGAAACACAAACAGUGUUCCAGAGAUCAGUGAUCAAAAGCUGUAGAGGAGCUACUGAAUGGACCUUAGGGUGAGCGUGUUUUGUCAAAUGCUGUUUCCAAGCAAACUUCCUCUGCUUAAGAGGAUCAUGUGAUGCGACUGAAAGCUCCAGAACUGUUAGUCAAUGGACCUUGAAGUGAGAUUGUUUUGCCAGUGUCAGUUAUUCAGGAUAAUCCACAGAGCUCACUGUGAACACUUUGAGGUGGAUGAGGUGUUUAUUUGUUGAUUGAUUUAUUUUCUGUUUUGUGUUAUUAGAGUUUAAAUGAGGUGAUUGACAGAAUCGUGUUUUUAAGCAAAACGUCACUGGUUGCAGCUUCUUUAUUAUGAAUAUUUGCUGAAUUUCUUUGUCUCUUCUGAUAUGAAAACCACAUAUUUUUUACAGUUUGGAAAGUUGGUCUAAACACAACAAGUCUGAAUGUGAUCAUUUUGGCUUUGGGGACUUUUUUUUUUUGCCAUUUUUAACCAAUUCAUUAUUGUAGAAAAUAAUCAACAACUUAAUAAUAAUGAGAAAGAAAUACUGAAACCAUAUUUUUUUCCUUGUUUUCCCUCAGUAGCUCCAGUAGAAUCUGUGCUCAGUUUGGUCUGUGGAUUAUCCAGAGUAUUCUGGACACUGUUCUGGAUGUUGAUGUUUUUUGAAUGUCUUUUUUUAAGAUUUUCCAUUCGAUCUCAGAAGCUGGACAUAGAAACCAAAACUAUCUGUGUGUCUCACUACCACCAGAUAUCAAAUUCCUUUUCUCUGUAAUCUGGGUGAACUGAUUCUUUAAUGUUGAGCAUAAUGUGAGAGGUUAUGAGGCUCUGUGUGAGGGACCAUUAUGCAGAUUUUUUUUUUUUUUUUAAGGUAAAUACUGUCUCACUCCACUGUUUUCUCUCCUUUUAAUGCUGAUGAUUUUCUGUAUUUGUCUUAUUGUCAAACAAAUCCCCUGACAAGACCAAAAACAACACUGAGACUUCCCAAGUCUGUUUGUUCCCUAAUGAAGACAUAAGUCUUUAAACGGCUACACAAUUUUAGUUUAUUUAUUGGGGACUAUUUCCAGCUGUGGAUUAAUACACAUCUGGUGCUCUAGUGAGUAUUGACUAGUAUUUUCUGAUUUAAGAACCAUGUCGCACAGUGCAACAGUGUAGCUCACUAAUUACUGGCCUGAUGAUAAAAUAGUUGGUUUUGGUUUUUUUCAUGGGUUUUUUUGACAAGAAGAAAAAAUAUGAAACAUUACCAGCCUUUUCCUUUAAGUUGGUUGUGUGUGAGAGUGUUAGCAUAGGUACUGAUAUAAAGUUGAACUGCUUUUGUAUAUAAUGUUGAUGUAAAAGCUUUGUAUGGGAAAAAGAGGACGUUGAUCAGAGUGAUGUCUCCAUCCUAAAGGGUUUAAUACGAACAAUGUUUUUUAUUUGAGUUACGGACUAAAGGGUGUGUAAUAUUAAUGACAUUAUUUUCAAUUUAAAUUGAAACCCCCGUUAGCUGCAGUUAGAUUGAUAAGCACACGUUGUUAACAAGCACAGUCUUUUCUGCCUCUACUGUCCCUGCUGAGAGACUGAAUCUGUCUGCCAGUAUUAUUAAUUAUUAUUAUUAUUAUUGUUAUGAUUCUACCAGAAAAUGAGCUUCACCAGUCCUGACAAUCGUUAUCGUCAUGUGUCUGAUGAUUUUCAUACCAGUUCCUGAUGCAGUACGACAUGCUGAGGGCUGUUUGUCAGCUACCCUUUGUUUUAUAUAAAUUGUACAACUAAAAAAAACGGUUUGAA